AGAGUUUUCCAAGCAUUUGAAAACGAUACGGCAUUUGGUUACACGGGUUGUGAAUUAUUAGACUGUUUUUUGAGUUAAAGUGAUCGCGAUUUAUGAGAUGUACGUAUGAUUAUUCUAGUCGUAUCGUUUAAGUCUAAAAUAUCGAACAAUUUAAACAACUGUGCGCUGUAAAUUAUAUUUUAUUCUAUUUCUGUACUUGAGUGGAUACAACAGUUUAACAGCGUCGACUCUAGCUCGAUUCUCUCAAAUAAUCAAAAGUGAAUAAAACAACAUGAUAAAAGGAAAAGAAAACAACCAGCCAUGCCCUGGAGUCCAACAGAUGAGUACAACAGGGUUGAAAACGGGCAGUUUAAAGCACUUGCAAAUAUCAAAACCAUCAACGGUUCUCUCAGUAAUCUGCCCGCCAGAAAAUAAUGCAGACAAAUACAAAGAUACUGAAGAGGUUGGAACUGAAAUAAGAAUUGAAACUUACCCAGGGCAUAAUGUUAAUGAAAACAAUCCGGAAAGAGUCAAAUCCAUGGAGUUGAUGCCACCACCAAAGUUACCUCCACCUCAAAAAGCGGUUGAACGUAAGACAGGCAAUGAUAAUCAAGAAUCACAUGCAGCUAAGACCAAAUCCCAAUCAGAGGCAACAGUUACACCUGUUGCACAAACCAGCUCUGAUAACAAUACCAGAAAUCAAGAAAAGUGGGUUCUUGGUGAUUUUGAUAUUGGAAGACCAUUGGGUAAAGGAAAAUUUGGUAACGUUUAUUUAGCUAGAGAAAAAAAGUCCAAAUUCAUCAUUGCCAUGAAGGUACUGUUCAAAGCUCAGAUCAAGAAAGCUGAUGUUGAACACCAAGUCAGACGAGAAAUAGAAAUUCAAACUCAUCUAAGACAUCCGAAUAUUCUCAGAAUGUACGGGUACUUUCAUGACGAUAGAAGAGUAUAUCUGAUCCUAGAAUAUGCUCCAAAAGGAGAACUGUUCAAAGAAUUAAAGGCACAGCCUAACCAGAGAUUUGAUGAAAAGAGAGCGGCAACUUAUAUUUCUCAACUGGCUGGGGCACUCAAGUAUUGUCACAGUAAGGACGUUAUUCACAGAGAUAUUAAACCUGAAAACUUGUUGCUUGGAACUAAAGGAGAGUUGAAGAUGGCUGAUUUUGGAUGGUCAGUUCAUGCCCCUGCUUCUAGGAGAGAAACCUUGUGUGGUACUUUGGACUAUUUACCUCCAGAGAUGGUACUUGGAAAGACACAUGAUCACACUGUUGAUUUGUGGGGUGUUGGUGUGCUUUGCUAUGAAUGCCUAGUUGGCCAGCCACCUUUUCUGGCCCAAACGUUUAAAGCCACAUAUGCCAAAAUUACAAGAGCUGAAUUUAGUUGUCCAUCCUACAUGAGUGAGGGAGCAAAGGAUCUUAUAUCAAAGCUGUUAGUGGUGGCACCUAAUCAUCGAUUAUCUUUGGAUGGAAUAUUAAAUCACCCCUGGAUUGUCUCAAACCGAACUACUGAGCCCACGAAGCAAUAAAGUUAACUACUAAAUAUAAUGUGAUAGAUUACACUGAUAACCCGUAAUUUAAUUCGAGGUACAUUUGGAAUAACUAACUUCUGUCAACUGUUUAACUUGUGUUCAUAUAACUGAUUUUAGAUUAAAUGGUCAAUGUCCAUGAGUGUCGUUUCCACGAUGUAUUGUAUCAUGAACACUUAGUAUAAUAUGUAAGUUACUCUACACGUUUGGAGAGGAAUCUUCCAACUUCAUGAGAUAUAAUUUUGUUGACGGUACCUACAAAUCGUCAAAUGGUGUAAAUUGUCUUCAGCUAAACAUAGGAUAUGAAAAACAUG